AUGGCUUCAGGUCGCUCUGCCACUCCCACCAAGAGGCUGCUCAACGAGCUACAGUCCUACCAAAAUGACCCGAAUGAAUCCCUGGUUCAACUCGGGCCCGUAAGUGAUGACAAGUUGACGCACUGGACGGCCGUGAUGCGAGGUGUAGAGGGCACCGCUUAUGAAUACGGCCUCUGGCAGCUCGACAUCCAAGUACCCUCUGGAUACCCGCAUUCUCCUCCGGAAGUCAAGUUCAUCACGCCCAUAUGCCAUCCGAAUGUCGACUUCAAAACGGGCGAGAUAUGCCUGGAUUUACUCAAAACCGCCUGGACGCCCGCCUACACGAUUACUACCACUCUCACAUCCAUCCACCAACUGCUCACCUCCGCCGAACCAGACUCGCCCCUCAACCUUGAUAUCGCCCAACUGUUCCGAGAAGGGGACUUUGUCGGAGCCGAGAGCUUGAUAAGAUAUUAUAGCGAUCUAUACCGAUAUAAUGGACCGUAA